GCAGCGGCGGCGCGUCCUCUGCCAGCGCAGCAGCUCACCGGCCCAGCGGCGGCCAGUGACGUCACCCGCGCCGCGGAACUGGAAUUACCCGGGGAGCCGAGCCGGGCCGCCGUCCGGAGAGGGACGGUAGGCAGUCGCCGCCAGUCGAGGUCUGAGGGGCGGGGAGGCAGCUGGCGCGAGCUGAGAGAGCCGGGAGAGAGUGAGAGAGCGAGCAGAGUGCAGAGAGCUGCUGGGAGGAGAGCAGCACCGGAUCCCGGUCAGGAUGAGAGCAGGUGCGUUAUUGGCUGUAGCUGCGGCUGCCGGCCUUCUGUCCAUGGCAGCGACAGCGGCGUCAAGACCUCGCCGGCAGCUGGCCGCCCAGCCGCGACCCCCUCCGCCGUCGACGAGGGCUCCGCCCUUCUCCAUCACACAGUCGAUCCUACGCUUCACGUCGGCACUCGGUGACCGGAUCGGCGGCGGCAACGUGGUCAUCUCGCCCUUCUCAAUCGUCAGCGUGCUGAACCUGCUGCUGCUGGGAGCCGCUGACAACACGUACGAGCAGCUGCGACAGGUGCUGCAGUACCCGUUCGAGGUGGAUGACCUGCUGAUUCACCAGCAGAGCGGCAUUCAGCUUCAGUCGCUGCGCCGAGAGACCCGCGGUGUCAACGUCCAAAUCGCCAACCGGAUCUUCACCGACUCGGCGUUCGCGAUUGACAGGGAGUUCGCGCGACAGGCGCGUGACUUCUACCAGGCAGGAGUGGAGCAGCUCCAGUUUGGUAAGCACCCAGCGGCGGCGGCACGACGGAUCAAUCUGUGGGUACGUGACCACACCAACGGACAGAUCGAAAAGAUCUUCGACAGCCCACCGCCGCGGAACACACGCAUGAUCGGCGCGAACGUGGUGUACUUCAACAGCUCGUGGCAGACGCCGUUCGACCCCGCCGACACCAAGCCGCUGACGUUCACGCUGGAGCGCGGCAGCCAGGUGUGCGUGCCGAUGAUGUUCGCCGAGCUGACGGUGCCGUUCGUCAGCUACUCGCGCGAGGGUUUUGCGGCCGUGGCGCUGCCGUACGCCGGUGCCGAGUACGCCAUGGUGGUGCUGGUGCCUGACGAGGCCGGAGAGCAGCCCCUGCGGAAGCUGGAGCAGCAGCUGGCCGGCGGCCGGCUGCAGCGCGUCUUUGACGACAUGCGGCCAGCCAACCUCUCCGUGUGGCUGCCGCGGUUCAAGAUGCAGUUUUCGCUGGCGCUGCGGGACAUCCUGCAGGAGAUGGGUGCCACGGACCUGUUCCAGGAGUCGCGCGCCUCGCUCGGUCGGCUCUCCUCGGACCGGCAGCUGUUCCUGAGCGAGGUGCUGCACCAGGCCGUCAUCGACGUGCACGAGGCCGGUACGGAGGCGUCGGCGGUGACCACCACGCUGGUCAACCGCGACCGGCUGGCCACCACCUUCCGCGCCAACCGACCCUUCCUCUUCGUCAUCCGCGACAACAAGACGGGCGUGCCGCUCUUCUACGGACGCAUGCUGUCGCCGGAGGAGGGUGUGCCUCGACCGGGUCGCGGACAGACCUGCAACGGAAGGAACCGUCGCAGGCCGGGGGCCACCAGGUUCUGAACGGCUUGACCCCAGAGACAGAUAUGGAACGAGAACUGGCCGGUGGCAGCCGGGCGGGGCUACUACCCUCUGCGGGUGAUGACAUCGCAUAGUGCGGCGCACAUCCCCGCGGGACGACGACGACCCACUGCCCCGAUAGAAGACUGUCUGGCCCAAGGUGACAAUCUUUUGGUGACGUCCGCCGGCUGGCACAGACUAGACAGACACAUUGUCGGUGUUUCGUGCCGCAUAAUGUGCCGCGAGGGAGUUGUUUUUAGCUCGUGCCCUCCCGUCAAUUUAAAACUUUUAUAUCUGUUUCCCCACUUAAAUGGCAAUCCAAUCGGGCCGUUAAACUUCGAUGGGUGUAGUAAAGAAGACAGGAAUUAGCGCAAAAUGUGAGAAGGAGCAAGACAUCACGAAAUGGAUAGCGAAAAUGAAGCGUUUAGACACACAGGAUGUUAGAGAGCCAGAGUCAUUCUUCUCUGCUGAAACCUGCCGACGUGUGCUGCGACCUAAACGCUCGUGAUAACACUAAUGAUGCCCUGGCAUGGCGCUGUGUGCCGGUGUCUUACCCGUGUUGAAUGGCAGCCCGUACCACGUGGUGCAGACAUAUUGCGCGGAAGUGCCGUUUUAUAUCGCUAUUCGGGUGGAAUGGAUGCAUCGUGUUUCGGAGUGGCUAUAUUCCAUGUUACAUCUGUCAGGUGAGUACAAUGUUUUUCAUAGAGCAAUACAUGUCUGCCCUGAA